AUGGUUUUGGUACAUUUCGUUCAAGAACCAAGUUUUUAUCAUUUUUCGAACCUGAUGGAUUUUGAUAACACUACAAAAGAAUACGUUCGAUGGUUAAAGGAAAAUUGUGCCACGUUCUCAAAAGUAAGAUUUCAUGGUGGUUCCACCUACGCAAUCUCCAAAAUUCUUCCUAAUGAAUCCUUUGCCAUCAUCCCCUUUCGCCUCGCCAUAACCCACAAAACCGCGAAAAAUCACCUGCCCUACUUAUCGUCUUUAAGUUGUCGUGCCGCAUUAGCAAUCUUCUUGGUUCACGAGCGCUUAAAAGAUUCCGAUUCAUUCUAUCAUCCGUAUGUUAAUGUUCUCCCAAAAUUCAUCCCCACUCCAUUGUCAUAUAACGAUCGAGAAAUGGAAUGGUUGAGAGGCACAAAUCUGGAUGGAGGGACAAAGGAUAGGAAAGGAUUGCUAAAAAGGGAAUAUGAACAAAUUUUGAGUGCCAUAGAGGAUGAGGGGUUCAGAUCGAAACUAACUUGGGAUUUGUACUUGUGGGCAUGUAAUGUGAUUUCAUCACGUUGCUUUCCCAAUAAAUUAAUUGAUCCUGAUGGCGAAGAACAAAAUGAGGCUUUAUUUCCAUUGGCUGAUUCGUUUAAUCAUCGGCCGAGGCAGAGGGUCACUUGGAAGGUACAAGAUGGGAAUUCGUUACACCUAAUUACAGAAGACGAAAUCGAAAUCGGUGAACAAAUAUUUAAUAAUUAUGGUACAAAGUCUAACGAAGAAUUACUAAUAGGAUACGGUUUCUGUAUUCCUGAUAAUCCUGAUGAUUGGGUUGCGAUCAAAGUAAACUUCACUCAAGAUCCACUCAGGGAUCAGAAACUCGCAGUCCUUUCACAACUGGGUCUCACGGAGCUUACUCAUUUUAUACGAAAGGAUAGUAUUCCAUCUAAUUUGUUUGCACAAUUGAGAAUUCUUGCAAUGAAUUCCGAGGAGAUCAAAAUUUUCCAGAAAGCAACGGUAAAGAUACCGGUGGAAGACGAGAUUUUCGAUGUGACACGAUCCGAAAGCAAUCUGAUGUCCGGAGAUCCAGAAAUUUUCGGAUAUAGAUGUGAGAUUGCAAUGCUAGAGAUAUUUUCUUCUUUUCUAAGGAAAAAACUUGAGCUGAUAAUUGAUAGAGAUGAUGAAUUUUGGGAUAGAGAGAAGGAAGAGGGGCUAUCCGUAGAAGGAUUAGAUAAAUUAAGGAACACCAAGAUUUAUAUUGAUGGUCAGAAAGAAAUUUUGAAAAGUACGCUGGAAACAUUGGCUUUCCGGGAAAUCGGUGUUUUGGAGAGCGCCUGUCAGAACUAUCGUGAUGAAAGGAUUAGCUUUUCUUUUGCGUCGAACCAUGUUAUUCUAAAUUACCAAAAUUUGCGCGAACCUUCUGAUGCUUAUUUGGAUGGAAAUUCGGAUUUAUUUGUGACAAAAAUGAAAUCGUUGGAGUCAGUCAUGAUUACAGUCAGGCAAGUGAUGUUGGAUGAUGAAUUUUCAAAAGCCAUGAGAGAGAUAUUUGACGAAGAAUCGUUGAUGGAAGAAGAGGAUGUCGUGUUGAUGUUGUAUUUGAUCUGUGAAGGUGAGAGGGUUACAAGGAACAAGAAAUCAAAAUGGAAAUUUUUCAUGGAAGUUGUCAAGGAAUACAAAGAUAUUUCUAUAUCUCAGGAUGAAGAAAAGAUCCAGGAAAUAAGCGAACUUUACAAUGAUCUGAAUUCAUUAAUAUCAUCAAGUCCAAGGUGUUCAAAGAUAUUCACCGAAAGCAUGUUCAACGUGAACAGAUUGAUUUGGGCGACAAGUAUUUUUGAAAGGUGUUGCGUCAAUUAUUUCGAUCAAGACGGGAAAGCGAGUGUUGGGAUUCUGCCUUUUGUCAUUAAAAACGAGGUUUAA